AUGGUGCUGCAGAGCCAUGACAUGACUGAGAUGACAUCCAUGGCCAUGCGACUAGUCCGAAUUCCGCCUCGUCGAGAUGAGGGUACAACUUCCAAUGGAUGUUAUCAAGACAAGACCAAAAUGAUUCAGUUGAGCAAAAACGACCGCUUCCGCGCUUCUCUUGAGAGACAAGGCGGGAGGCGCGCAGGGGUUAGUCAAGUACCAACAAAAGAUCCUGAGAAAACCCCAGUAACAGUACCCAAACCAACCCAACAAGGUUCUGAUGGAUGGGGACUGAGAGGGCUCCUCGACCUAUCUGCACCCUUGGCCACACACUACACACUCCUGUUCCUCCCAACUGACAUGGACUGGCUACACCUGUGGCCUGUCCGAUGUCAUGUCCCUUUCCAUCAUGACCCUGUCAUGUAUCAUGGCGCCAAGCGAUUGCCCCCUUGGGUCACGUUGGGUGAUAGAGCCGCUAGCAAAAACAACGUUGCGUCUGCGGUUGCAGUCUAA